AUGUCGCAGGCGAAACUCACGAAGUUCUUCACAAAGAGCCCCGAGAAAGCAGCCCCAGAGAAAGGAAAGGGGAAGAGAUCCGGAGAAGAGGCUGAUGCAAAGGUUGUGAAUCUGUUGGGAGAGGAAGAACCUGCAACAAAGCGGAGCAGAGCCAAUGAAGAGCAGGAUUCUGGAAACAAGGGUGCAAGGCCUGCCCGGCUGACAGGCAGGAGUCCACGCUCGGGUUCACAACGCAAAUCCACUGCCUCCUCUGGCAAUGGCACCAGUGCUCGCAGCAAAAGUGCAAAAUCGCCAAGGUCCAAGAAGACCCAAGGAGAAGCUCCAAGGAUUUUGUCAAAGAGGAAGCGCAAACCGAGCAUCUUGGAUUUUGAUUCUGAUGAGACAUCAGAUGGAGGUGCUGCAACAGAUGACGAUUUCGAGAUUGGCAACGACGGGGACGCAGACGACACUGACAGUGAAUUUCUUGUCGACCUUGCUGACUCAUCGGAUGACCAUCCAGUCUCAAAGCCAAGGGCUGGCUCUGGGCGGGUUUCAGCAAAACCAUCUGUAAAGUCACCGCCAAGAGGGCAACGUGUGACCACCCCAGCUUCUCAGCCUUCAGCCAAGAAGAGCAGGGUGCAGGAUAGUGUGGCAAGGGGGACGGGAGAACGAAAGCUGCCAGGAUCGCUUGCCCCAAAACCCAAGCCUGUGACGCCGCAGCCCAAGCGGGAGACGAGCGCAGAUGCAAAGAAGGCGCAGGAAUCAGUGGAAAAGGCCAUACACGAUCUGCCACCAGAAUCAGAUAUAAAAUUUACAAAGAUGGAGCAGAAGGAGGGUGGCUGGGGCCAAGGGAAUGAAGGCACUGCUCCUCCCAACCAUGGCAACAAGCCUACACCUGAGGGGCACCCUGAGUGCCUGGUGGGCAAGACCUUUGUCAUCAGUGGUGUGCUGGAUUCAUUGUACCGCUCGGAUGCUGAGAACCUCAUAAAGCGUCAUGGGGGGAAGGUGACGGGGUCGGUCAGUGGAAAGACGUCCUUCCUGCUGUGUGGAGUCAACACCGGAAAUUCAAAGCUUCAGGCGGCAAAGCUCAAGCACACCAAACUCAUUGAUGAGGAUGGGCUGUUCAGCCUCAUCAGGGCUUCUCAGUGUGCAAUUGAGGAAAGCAAGUCCCUGCAUCCUCCAGUGGCUAGUGGCAGCACGUCCACAAAGAUACUGGCUGCGGGCCCUUCGCGAUCCGCUUCUGGACCCCAGGAUGACCUUCUUUGGGUGGACAAGCACCGCCCACGUGACUCCUCAGAGCUGAUUGCCAACCCGACGCUGUUCAGCAACCUGCGGCAGUGGCUGCAGAACUGGAGGGCUGUGCAUCUUGAAGGCCAGGAGGCUCCAAAUGCGAAGGGCUCGGGACGCGGCAAGCCACUGGAUAUGAACAAGAAGGCUGUGCUGUUGAGUGGAUCGCCAGGCAUAGGGAAAACCACUGCAGCCCACAUUCUGACCAGGGAGAUGGGCUACAAUCCCAUCGAGGUGAAUGCCAGCGACACUCGCAACAAGGCUGACCGAGACAUCAAGAAGGGGGCUGCAGGGAAGCUGUCCAAUGUAAUUAAAGAAGUUGCAACAAACACGACCAUAGGAGCGAAUGGCCGCCUGCAGCGAGAGGUUCUCAUCAUGGAUGAGGUUGAUGGGAUGUCAGCUGGUGAUCGUGGUGGAGUUGCUGACCUGAUUCAGACCAUUCACAAAACCAGGAUUCCCAUCAUCUGUAUUUGCAAUGACAAAUACAACCAGAAGUUGAGGUCACUGCGCAAUCACUGCCUUGAAUUAGAAUGCAGGAAGCCGACAACGCAGCAGAUCGCCAAACGCAUGAAGGACAUCAUCCAGCAAGAGGGCCUGAGCUUUGCAAACGAUGCGGCCCUCGAGGCGGUCAUCGAGCGGGCAAACGGCGAUGUGCGGCUUGUGCUGGGCACCUUGCAAAUGCUUGCGCGGGGGCAGUCGUUUGUGACAUUUGACGAGGCCAGGAAGAGCGGCGCUGGCAGCUCCAAGGACUCCGACGUCAGCCCUUUUGAAGUGGCAAGGAAAUUGCUGGAUGGGCCGGGGACAUUGAGUUUGGCGGAUCAGAUGGAGUUGGUGUUCCAGGACUUGGACCUUGUGCCGCUGCUGGUGCAGGAGAAUUACGUGAACCACCGCCCAAGGGUUGCCCAAAAUGAGGCUCAGCGCAUGCGCGCCCUGGCCAAGGCUGCUGAGCUAAUAUCCGAUGGGGACAUGGUGAACGCGAGUGUGCGUUCAGAGCAGAACUGGUCCCUCAUGCCCUUCAGUGCCUUUAUUGGAUCGGUGGCGCCGUCCAUGUGCAUGAGAGGAAACAGAGAAGUCUUUGGUUUGCAUCCAAAUGAGAUGAACUUUCCUCGAUUCACAGCGUGGCUGGGGAGCAAUUCGACACAGGGCAAGCAGCGGCGGCUCCUUGGAGAGAGCACGACCCGGAUGAUGGCAGGCAUGGGGCACUCCCUGAAUGCAGGGUCUGUCCGGUUGAGUUACAUGCCUACCCUGCGGCAAGUGCUCACCAGUCCUCUGUGCAAAGAGGGAGAGGAAGCCAUAGAGCGAGUGGCAGCCACCAUGCAGGACUACUGUCUGUCAAAGCCAGAGUUCGAUUACAUCCAGGAUGUCACAAAGUUUAAGACAAAGUCUGAUUGGGGAAAGGACAAGUUCAAGGAUGUGGCAACCAAAGUCAAGUCUUCCUUCACAAGGCGGCUGAACAAGUCUGGAGCAAAGGCUCGCUGCAACCUCAUGGUGGAAGAUGGAAAGCGGACAACAGGCCGCGGUGCUGCAAGGUCUGCUGCUGCUGCCAGUGAGUCGCUGCUUGAUGAGGGCGAUCCUGAUGCUGUGCUAGAGGAAACCAGAGCGGAAGAAGAGGAGGAAGAGGGCUCCAACAUAGACAAGCAGAAGCUGCAAAAGUCCAUGACUCGGAAGGGAAUAUCUUUCGAACCGGCAGAGCAGAAGAAAAAGGGGCAGGGCUCUGGCAGGGGCAGGGGCUCAGGCAGGGGCUCUGGCCGGGGCUCCAGUCGAGGGAGGGGCUCAGGAGCCUCAGCCGCCUCCCAAACAUCCAGAGGCUCCAAGAGGGGAAGGGGAUCCAGGGGAUAA